AUGAGGUUCGGCGCUCUUGGACUUAUUGCCACUUUGUUGGGCCAAGUUCAGGCAAGUCCUGUCGGUCGAGCAUCAAAGGCGCCCUACUUCUUUCUCAUAGGUGACUCCACCGUUGCUGUAAACGGCGGUUGGGGAGAUGGCCUUUUAGCCUACUUAAAGGACCCAGCCAAAGGAGAGAACAGGGCAGUGAGCGGAACCACCACCGUUUCCUGGAAAUCCAAUGGACGAUGGGACGAUCUCAUUGAGAGCAUUGAGUCCAAUGCCGGUGAAUAUGAGCCGAUUGUUACUGUGCAGUUCGGUCACAACGACCAAAAGACUCUCACCCUGGACGAGUUCACAACGAAUCUUGAAAGUAUCGCCACUGACAUCAAGGAGGCUGGUGGAACUCCCAUCUUUAUCACCUCCCUGACUCGCCGUAAUUUUGACGGCGACGAGGUUAAACAAGACCUUAAGGACUGGAGGGACGCGACCAUCGCCGCUGCUGAGGCCGUCGGCAUCAAGUACCUCGACUUGAACACCGCCAGCACCAACUACGUCAACGCCAUUGGCGAAGAGAAUGCUAUGACAUACAACCUUGCUUCUGAUGAUCGAACACACCUGAAUCCUGCAGGCGAAGCCGUCUUCGGUCGUAUGACUCUUGACCUCUUGUUGGAGGCACGCGAGGAUCUCGGUGAAUAUUUCGAAUCCAACGAAGCGUUGAGUGAAAAGAUUGCCAAUGGUGAAUAUGCCACUGGAGAUGAGUAA